AUGGCUGAGAAAUACGGCCCUGUCUUCGCCUUACGCAUUGGUAUGACACCAGCCCUUGUCGUGAGCAACUGGGAAUUGGUUAAAGAUUGCUUUACCAUCAGUGACAAAGCCCUUUCCUCACGCCCUGAAUCAGUUUUUGCUGAAACUCUUUGUUUUGGCAAUGCAUCUUUUGGUUUUGCACCGUACGGUCCCUAUUGGCGCGAGAUGCGAAAGAUAGUUUUUCUUGACUUACUUUCAACUCGGGGGCUUGAGAAAGUCAGGCAUAUCCGAGUCUCAGAGGUCGAUAAUACCAUGAAAGAACUGUUCUCAAUUUUCAGUAAGGCCAACAAUGUUGAUGGGAAAAGUAGUACAGCAAGUCCAGCCAAAGUGGAAUUGAGGAAGCUGUUCGAGAAAUUCACAUUGAAUCUUAUUGUGAAGAAAGUUUCUGGGAUGAGAUACAGUGAAACUGAGGAGGGCACAUUAAGUCCAUGA